AUUGCUAACAUUGGAUCUAUUAAAUCUGGCUCGUUGGCUCGUUGUCAGAAAACAAAACCUUCAAGCAAAACGAAAAGUACAAUGAUAGGUGACGUACGGAUAGCGGGGAUCUAGAGCAGUGCUUCGGUCUGAAUUAUAGUGUACAUCGUGUGGAAUAUGUUCAGUAAAUGCUUGGUCUCAUGGACAUGAAGGACGAGGAGCAGCCACCGAUCCAGGCUGCAGUGAGAGUGAGGCAGUCCAGUCUAUCAGUGGCCGUGGUAGACAGUGACAAGGCAGUGGCAGAGGCGUCCUCGGGGCCUGUGCCUAACCUUCACUAUGACCGUCCUCGCGCUUGGUGGGGCUGCAGGCACACGCUGGCCUUCCUUGGCUUUCUGGGCUUCUCGACUGUUUACGCUAUGAGGGUCAACCUCUCUGUAGCCAUAGUCGCCAUGGUAAAGUCAACGUCGGGCAGUGAUGAUGACAAGCCCAGUUUCGCCAAUGAUUCCUGUCCCGUGCCUCCAGGUUGGGGAGACUCUAGUAACAGCAACGGAAAGGAUGGUGAAUUUGACUGGAGCGAGACCACACAAGGCCUGAUAUUGGGUUCCUUUUUCUACGGCUACCUUUUCACCAACUUUCCCGGUGGGCGCGCCGCUGAGUACUUCGGCGGUAAGCGAGUACUCGGUCUUGGAGUCCUGCUGACCGCGAUCUUCACCGUCGUGUCUCCCGUGUGUGCCAAAGUGUCCACGGGCCUCUUCGUCGCCGUGAGGAUAAUUGAAGGGCUGUGUGAGGGCGUCACCUUUCCUGCCAUGAAUAAUCUCCUUGCCACAUGGAUCCCGCCAAUGGAACGAGCUAAAUUUUCUUCACUAGUGUUUGCAGGAUCCCAAUUCGGCACUGUGGUGACUUUACCGGUGAGUGGGUGGCUCUGCGACAGUGGUUUCCUAGGGGGCUGGCCCUCCGUUUUCUAUGUGUUCGGAGGACUAGGACUGCUCUGGAGCAUAGCUUGGUUCCUCCUCGUGUUUGACCAGCCAGACACUCAUCCUAGAAUCUCUCAAGAGGAAAAGAAAUAUAUUCAAAGCUACUGUACAGCAAAGAAAAGCCAGCCAGUGUCGAUUCCAUGGAUGUCUUUAGUAACGUCUUUGCCGAUGUGGUGCUUGACACUGGUGCACUUCGGACAGAACUGGGGGUUCUACACCCUCCUUACUGAACUGCCUACCUACCUGAACAACAUUCAGCAUUUCGAUAUGAAGAGUAAUGGCCUUGUGUCCGCAUUGCCUUACUUGAUAAUGUGGAUAUUCAGCCUUGUCUACAGUAACAUAAUGGACAAGCUUCUUCUUGAAAAACUGGUGUCGCUGUCCACAGUUCGCAAGUUGUCUAUGGUCAUAGGUAUAUAUGGACCCAUGGCAGGCCUGGUCGCCAUGUGCUUUGUGGAUUGUGAUAAGACUUUAGCCAUCGUGGUGCUGUGUAUAGCCGUGGGUCUCAAUGGUGCCAUCUAUAGUGGAUACAUGUGCUCACACCAGGACCUCUCUCCCAAUCUGGCUGGUACCCUCAUGGGCAUCACCAACACUGUGGCAGCCAUACCUGGCUUCGUGACCCCCGUCGUGACAGGCGCCCUUACAGAAGAGCAAACGCUGAGUUCCUGGCGGGCGGUGUUCCUCAUCUCAGCAGGUGUUUACUUAGUGACCAACAUUGGCUACCUCUUAUUUGUGCCCGUCACCGUCCAGCCGUGGAAUGACCAGAGCUCUUCACCGGAGGGUGAACAGAAGAGGUAUUAGCAUUCUCCUUCGUCAUCUCUGCUGGUCAAGAAACCCUACGUAUAGUCGUGGUCAGAAGUCGAGUAACCUGCUACACUUACUUUCACUUUUGCCUUUGUUUCAUAUCUUCAGUCUUGUAAUUUGCCGACAAUUUCCUUACAGAAUUUGAGAGAUGGAUUUUUACCAGAUCAGAGAAAUUAUGAUUCAGGAAAACUCUAAAUACAGUGGAGGCGAGUGCGUAUGUAGCUCGACUUCUGUGACUAUACGUACAAUGUCUCAUGAGCCAGUGAGCAAAUAGGAAGGUCACGACUGCAACUGCAAGGAAGGAGACGCAUAAUGGCUAAGUUACUCAUUCGAGUUGGAUGCAAGGCUCCAGCAUCCGACAUCCUUACUUUAACUUACGUUUAAAGGAAUAUAUAUAUAUAUAUAU